GUUUAGUAAGGCACGUGCGGGAACAGAAGCUUCUGGGUCCGUCGGAGACAGUUUCUGAACGGAGAGAUCUGCAUUCGGAAUUCUGAAUUUUGCAGUAGGGUUUGGGUUUUGUUUGCACUACCUCUCUCGAUCCUUACAAUUAGCAAUGUCUUCUCCCGCUGAGUGGUAUCACUCGCUUCCACCCAUAAGCAAGGCUUAUGGCACUGCUUGUGUGUUCGCUACCGCAGCUUAUCAUCUCGGAUUGUAUCGUCUGCCUUACAUUGCAUUAAUAUACGAAGACGUCUUCUAUAGGUUUCAGGUCUGGAGGCUGGUCACAAACUUCUUUUUCCUUGGACCGUUCUCUAUCAAUUUUGGGAUUCGUCUCUUAAUGAUAGCAAGGUAUGGUGUCCAACUUGAGAAGGGACCAUUUGAAAGGCGGACUGCUGAUUUCUUGUGGAUGAUGAUAUUUGGAGCCUUGGUGCUAUUGUCUUUGUCUGCCAUCCCCUUUCUUUGGGACCCUUUUUUGGCAGUAUCACUUGUUUUUAUGCUCGUUUAUGUUUGGAGUAGAGAAUUCCCAAAUGCCCAAAUCAACAUAUAUGGACUUGUUCAACUUAAGGCUUUCUAUCUUCCAUGGGCGAUGCUUGCUUUGGAUGUCAUAUUUGGUUCCCCUCUUACAGCUGAUCUGUUAGGUAUCAUUGCAGGACAUCUGUAUUAUUUCUUGACAGUGCUGCAUCCACUAGCAAGUGGAAAGUACAUUUUAAAGACUCCUGCCUGGGUAGAUAAAUUGGUUGCGAGAAGGAGAAUAGGAGCACCAGUGGCACGACCUAUGAGCCGUGGCCAGCCUGUUAAUAAUACUCCACAAGACAGUAGUUCAGGGGUUGCUUUCAGGGGAAGAUCCUAUCGACUUGGUGGAUAGAUAGAUGAUGAGAGAAAUCAAAAGGGGAUGGUUUCUACUAACCAAUAGUUUCAUCUGCCCUUUAUUGGUUGGUACACCUCUGACGAUUGGAGCUAAUCAUCCGUUUGGAGUUCUAGUUUGGAGCAGUGUGUGUAUCAACCAUGACAGUCCAUUAAAAGCAAACUUUUUUUCCUUUUUGUGGUGGGCAUCCUUAUAAUUGUGCUCUUCCGGGCUUUUAACAUGUACGAAAGGAAAGUUCAUGAAUUUAGUUUACAAAUGUUUAUUAGUUGUCCUUUUCUUUCCA